AUGGUUCACAGUAAACAGCCAAUUACCUGGAGAAUUGUGGUCAUUGACAUGCCUACCGCUGGAACGAACCAUGGUUCUGGUCUCGAGGGGCAAGAGGUUGCAGUCGUGUCGGGUGUCUCGGAUUCACCCAAGACGAGGCCGAACGGUCUGCGGGACUGGAGCGUCAAAGAGGGCACUGCCCAGGAGUUGGGAAAGGAGGGCCACCACUAUCCGUGGUUUGAUGGGUUAACCUUUCACUGCCUACAAUCCCAUAAACCGUCGACAUCUGGUGGUGGUGGUGGUGGUGGUGGUGGUGGUGGUGGUGGUGGUGGUGGUGAUGGUGAUGAUGCAGUCUACGCCCCGCAUCCCCCCCCCCUCCUCCAGCCCAAGCCGCUUGGUAGGGCCACUCGACAAGGGUGA